AUGAAGAGAAACCGCAAGGAACUCAACCAAAUCCACCGUAACCCGCUCCCUGUGGAGCUUUCCGUAGAUACACGCGGCGAGCUCCCAUUGGUCAAUGUGACCAACGGUAUCUCGUGGCUCUGGCUCUGGAUUCGUAUAGCCACUUUGUACUUCACCUCACCUCCUCGAGCACCUAAAAUGAGGAUCUCUUUGGAGGAUCCAGGGGUUUUUGCUCUUCGGAGUGAAGGCGAUAUGCGUCGGGCGUGGAAUAAUGGCUUUUUCGGUAAAGGGACUCUUUCUCGACUGGAACCUACUUUUGGUGCUAGAGUUCUGGGUCAACUCAAGUCCAGCGAGGCUGUCACCAGCGAAAGGAGACGUAAGAGAAGAGAGUUCAAGGAGUUGAGGGCACAGUUUCAGAGACUCGAGGCGGAGCAGCGGAAACGAGAGCUUUCUUUGGAGGAAAUGCAGAAAAUGGAGGAGUUGAAGGUGAAGAUGGAAGAGGUGAACACGGAGGCAUUGACGUUUAAGGAUAAUGAAGAAACCGCCGGGUCGGAAGACUUAGCUGAUUUGGAGUUUCUGCAGCUUGAUCCUGUUGAAGCUUUCUUUUUGGCGUUUGCAUUGGAAGCUGGUGAGGUACUGACCGAGAAGUCUGUUCUCAAUGACAUUGAGCUUCUUCGAAGCAUUGCAGACCUUGACCACAGUCAGGAGCUGUUCGUUCAUCGUCUUCUGGCCUUUUUACAAAGAUACGUCGUCUACCACCACUACCGAAGUCUAGGCUGGUGUGUACGCAGUGGCAUCAAGUUUGGAUGUGAGUAUCUCCUCUACAAAAGGGGCCCUCCAUUCCAUCAUGCUGAAUUUGGAAUUCUCAUUCUGGCAGCAGACGAAUCAAGACUGUGGGAGGACACAAUGGCUGUAGCGAGGGUUAUUGGAGGUGUGAAAAAGACACUUAUUUUUGCUUAUGUGGAAAUGCCCACUUUGGAGCAGGUGAGCGAGGUUUGGGAAGGGAAGAAGUCUCCAAGACAAAAGGUCAUGGAUCUUUUGCAGCUUUACAGAAUCAGUGAAAUGGUGUAUCGCCGCUGGAGCCCUAGCAGGACUAGGGAAUAA